UCCUUUAUACAGAGCCAUAAAGCUAUUCGGGAACAGAACGGCCAGUGGAGGGUAUCCGUCAAGAAAUCCAAACCCAUUCUGGGGAUUGCCAUCGAAGGGGGUGUUAACGUGCCCUCACAGACACAACCCAGGAUUAUUAGCAUACAUAGUUCUGGCGCCGCCAUAGAGUGCGGGGACCUACACGUGGGACACAUACUGCUGGAAGUGGACGGUAGGACGACGGCUAACCUAAACCACGACCAGGUGGCCCAGAUGAUUGCACACGCCUACUAUAACACACCACACAAGGACUUCAUUGAAUUUCUGGUCAGAGAGAAGUCGCGCAAUGAGUUUGAUUUGAGGCGAUCCUCGUUCAUGCUAUUGAAUAAUAGCUUUGAAUAA